GAGAGAGGUGCUCGCUGACUCUCUCUCGCAGCAGCAGCAGCUCCCGGUCAAACCGCGACCGCGUUCGACAGAAAGCCGCUGCUUUUACAGAAAGAGGGAUGCGCUCUCUGGUGAAGGCGUUCCUGCGCUGCCUCGCCCUCCUCCUCCUGCCCCCCCUGUGGACCCAGCUCGCCCUGUGCAGCUCGCUGGGGGACGAGUGCGGAAAGACGCCGCGCUCCAAUCGCAGGGCUCGUUACAAAGACACGAACCUUCUCGCGGACGAGGAAGCUCCGACGCGCGACGCUUCCACCCCGCCCGCUUCCCCUCCGGCUCCUCCUUGCAGCUCCCCGCCGCCCUGGGGGUCUCUCCGGGGCAGAUUCCGGGGGCUGUGGCGAGCGGCCGCGCACGUCUUCGGCUUCCCGUCAGCCCUGCAGCGGCGCUGGAGGUCGAGUCCCACCCCGCCGCCGUGUCAGAUCGAGUCCGACGCGCAGCGCUGCACCGAGACGGAGGCUGCGGAGAAGGAGGAAGUGCGCGGGCUCGUGCGCGGCAUCAUGAGCGCGGCGAUGGGCGUCCCCGAACCCCUCGAACCCGCGACCGAUCCGCCGGCAUUGAGCGCGCUGGAGGAGGAGGACGAGGAGGAGAAGAGCGCCGAGGGACAGGGGGACAUGAGCCCCCCGGUCACUAUAACGGUGGCCAUUCAAGCAGCAGAGGACGAGGAGCCCCCCGGGGAGAGGAGCCUGGAGCAUCUGGACAUCCACAGCUGCAGUGAGGACGAGGUGGGGAAGCAGGACAAGUCCAGUGGGGCGGGUACCAGUGGGGGUGAACUGGAUGAGGAGGAGAGCUGGCAGCCCCCUGACCCUGAACUGACGCAGAAGCUGGUGGCACAGAUCGAGUACUACUUGUCCGAUGAGAACCUGGAGCACGAUGCCUUCCUCCUCAAACACGUCCGCCGCAACAAGUUGGGCUUUGUCAGCGUCAAGCUGCUCACCUCCUUCAAGAAGGUGAAGCACUUAACGCGGGACUGGCGGACGACAGCCUACGCACUGCGCCACUCUGCGUUGCUGGAGUUGAACGAGGAGGGCCGCAAGGUGCGUCGCAGAGCAUCCGUCCCCGUAUUUGCCAGCGAGAGCACGCCCAGCCGCAUGCUGCUGCUCAGUGAUCUACAGCACUGGCCUGAGCUAGGUGUGGCCUUGCAGGGUGGGGCAGGACUCGCGCAGCAGGAGCACCUUAUGGAGCUGCUGCUCAAAGCAUUUGGUGUGUAUGGCUCUAUUGCCUCAGUGCGGGUGCUGAAGCCGGGAAAAGACCUGCCACCUGAUCUAAGGAAGCUCAGCGGCCGCUACGUGCAGCUCUGCACGGAGGAGUGUGCCAUUGUGGAGUUCGAGGAAGUCGAAGCUGCAGUCAAGGCCCAUGAGUCUGUAGGAUGUAAGGACGAAGAGGGAGUUGGCCCACUCGGUAUCCGAGUGGUCCUGAUCGGGACAAAGCCUCCCAAGAAGAAGACACUCAAGGAGCGGCCGCAAGAGGACUGCGUACGCAAGAGCCGCUCCCUGAACAGCCGUGUGCGGGAGCUGCAGAACCAGGGGGAGGAUUCUGCCUGCAGCUCCUCUGAGACGGAGAGCAACCCCACGUCUCCACGGGUGAACCGUAAAAUGAAUGCCAGCAAUAAGCUGAGCCCCACCGGCGGGGGCCUAGGCUUUCCACAGAACAAUCAUCUGAGUCCGGCCGUGUCUCCUCGCUCCAGCCCCUGGCCGAGCCCCCGCGCCAGCCCGUGCGCCCUGCGAAAAUCGCCCCACCCCAACAAGUCCCCGCUUGCCAGCGAGGGCCGGCUGAGCCCGGAGCCUGGCCGGCGCUGGGCAGACUAUUCCUCAGACAGCAGCCUAACACCCUCGGGCAGCCCCUGGGUACAGCGGCGACGCCAGGUGGCCUCGCAGGAGAGUAGCCCCGUGGGAAGCCCCAUGCUGAGCCGUAAGAUCCAAAAUGCAGAUGGGCUGCCCCCAGGUGUGGUGCGGCUGCCACGCGGGCCUGACGGGACCCGUGGCUUUCACACCCUCUCCAUGGGUGAGAGGGCCAAGACUGCAGCAACUCAAACCUAAUCUGGAGUUGAAGAGCAUCUCAGUCUUCAGUCUGAUCCCAUUAUGAGACAUUGCAGUACAUUUUGUUUGGGUAUUGGCCAGGGUUUUUUUUUUUGUGUACAGGUACUUUUUGAUUUGUCUAUCAUGGUUUCUAUGAAAUCUAAUUUUCUCCCUUAUCUUGCCAACUUUUACUUCCUCUGAGCAAUUAAAUGGGGUAGGACAAUUUCCCUGGGAUGUGCCUAAAUGCAACAGGAGAGGUUCACGUGUCAAUAUUAAAUGUAAAUGUUGUGGGGAAAUGAACCAUUUGCACUUGCUGUGGAAAGGGGCUGUGAUAUUACUACUGGCCUUUUAAUUUGCCUAUUUCCGUUUUGCCCCGGAGUCUUGGGAGUACGUUAACUGAAGGGGACUCUACAAGUUUCUGCUUGUGCUGUAUGGCAGGAGCUGUGCUCUGCUUCACACACACAACCAUGUCAAGUGGGAUGUUAGAUUUCAGUAUGGUCAGGGACCUUCUGUGGAUGCUCUUCCAGUCCCCCCCACAUACACUUGGAAAAUCAAUGACCUGUAUGGUGUCUUUACUCCAGUUCCAAUAAACCCCUUAACUGGCAA